AUGUCUUCAGAAUACGCGAAUAGAUCAUGGAAGUCGCGUGUACUCCGACCCUCGAAGCACAAUGCCACGUCCAACAACGAUGCGAUAACUCGGGAACCCACGCGACAGUCGCAUGGAACGGCAGCCUCGCGCAAGGAUGCCUGGUGGAAGACACGCCUGUUCAGCGGCAUGAUAAAUGACAUACGGCGGCGAGCACCUUUCUACUUGAGCGACUGGAAAGAUGCGUGGGACUAUCGCGUCGUGCCUGCGACAGUCUACAUGUACUUUGCGAACAUUCUGCCAGCACUCGCCUUCUCGCUCGACAUGUUCGAAAAGACCAAUGAGAGUUUCGGCGUCAACGAGGUCCUUCUCGCCUCAGUGCUGGCUUCGGUCGUCUUCUCGCUCGCCGCAGCACAACCUCUAGUCAUCGUGGGCGUUACUGGACCGAUUACCGUCUUCAACUAUACCGUAUACGAUAUCAUCACCCCACGGGGUACCAACUACUUCGCCUUCAUGUGCUGGAUAGGCAUAUGGUCCUUGAUCUUCCACUGGAUCCUCGCCAUAACGAACUCCUGUAACGGCCUACGAUACGUUACGCGCUUCUCUUGCGACAUAUUCGGCUUCUACGUCGCGUUCAUAUAUCUACAAAAGGGGAUACAGGUGUUGACGAGGCAAUGGGCUGUCAGCGACGCAUCGGCAUACCUUUCGAUUGUGAUUGCGUUGCUGGUCACUGCGGUCGCAUACAUCUGCGGCAUUGUAGGACAGUCGUCGCUAUUGCAGCGCCACGUUCGGAAGUUCGUCGAGGACUACGGUACACCGCUUACCGUGAUCUUCUUCACUGGCUUCGUACACAUCGGAAAGAUGGCUGGCAUUGAGUUGCUCAAGCUACCUACUUCGAAGGCAUUCUUUCCGACUACAGAUCGCGGAUGGUUCAUCCACUUCUGGGAUAUAAGUGUCGGCGAUGUGUUCCUGGCUAUUCCGUUCGCUGUACUCUUGACGAUUCUGUUCUGGUUCGACCACAACGUUUCUAGUCUAAUCGCGCAGGGCACGGAAUUUCCGCUGCGCAAACCCGCAGGCUUCCAUUGGGACAUUUUUCUCUUGGGCAUCACGACUGGAGUUGCGGGAUUACUGGGUAUCCCAUUCCCGAACGGUCUCAUUCCGCAGGCGCCAUUUCACACUACAUCGCUUUGCGUUGCACGCACCGUCGCCGAUUCCGACGACGAAGACAACAAAGGCCAUGGCAAACGCGUUGUCGACCAUGUGGUAGAGCAGCGCGUGUCAAAUCUCGCUCAAGGCCUCCUCACCCUAGGCACGAUGACCGGACCGCUUCUCAUCGUACUGCACCUCAUACCACAAGCUGUACUAGCUGGCUUGUUCUUCGUCAUGGGUAUCCAGGCACUAGAAGCCAACGGUAUAACCCUGAAGCUCAUCUUCCUCGCAAAAGACAAGCACCUCACAUCACGAUCCGACCCAUUGGCACAGAUCAAGCGCCGCUGGGUAAUCUGGGCUUUCGUCGGACUCGAACUCAUUGGCUUCGGUGCUACUUUCGCGAUUACUCAGACAAUCGCUGCCAUUGGUUUCCCGGUCUUCAUCUUUCUGUACAUACCCAUGCGGACGUUCUUGAUGCCCAACUUCUUCACGCAGGAAGAAUUGAAUGUUCUUGACGCGCCGACUGCUAGUCCGUUUACCAUGGAGUCGGUGGGCGGUAACCAUGGGCAGGUCGUGGAACCGGAUUCGAACGAGCAGAUUCUUGCGGAGAGUGAAGAGGCUGAGAGAGGGGAAAGGCGGAGUAGUAAUGACGAGAAGAUGGGUGUUCUUGAGGGGCCGAGUCGGAGGAGAGGCAGUUUCCAGAGGGCGGACUAG